GGUCAUGCAGGCAUCUGGUUAGCAAAAAAAAACUGAAGCUUUCAGACUUAAUGAUAUUUCAAAUGACAUGACUCCCCUUUGACACGUGUCAAGCUGGCAGUCUGUAUUAUUUUGACAAUUUCCACUAGGGUGUUAAAUCAUUUGUGGUGGAUUUAUAUGAUGUCUGGGUUUCCACUCGACUUGUCUGUGUCCUUACAGCGCGCGACUCUAGCAGCAGUCAGGUGAAAUAUUAACUUUUGUUCUACAGACAAGAUGCUUCCUUAUUAGUAGAAACGGUUGAAACGGUUGUCUGUGUGUGUCCAGAUGUCGCCCUAAUGGAGAAGAGGUGUUUGGUCAUCACCCGAGCGACACAUAAAUCAUGUCCGAGCAGAUACUGGGCUUUUCUGGCCAAUCAGAGGAGGAGCAGUGAGUAGGGAUGCUCCAGCUUUGGAGGGCAAUCCACUGGUCACGAGAUGCAGCUUUACUAAAGAACAGGUACUAAGAAUAUACUUUUUGUUUUGGUUUUUUACAAUCAUGGCAGCACUCUCCAUGGGAUAUGUCCAAAGAUGCUGCUGAUCUUUGCUGUCUACGUAAGGCCUUUCAUGUUUUUAAGUCUCAAUCCGAUCACCAGCCUGCGCGUCCAUUGUGGCUUAGGGGAAACUUUUCGAUGGCGAGGAUUCAGCUGGUGCGUGUCAAAGUGAGCUGGACGGUACUUCUGGCUCUGGCCCACCUCACCUACUUGCUGUUCGGAGCCAUCAUUUUCCAGAUUCUGGAACGAGAGGCCGAGAGCAACAAUCGGAACCACUUCCAACUGGAGAAGUUGAAUUUCUUGGCAAAUUACACCUGCCUGGAUGGACCGGCUUUGGAGAAGUUUGUUCAGGUGAUUUUAGAAGCCUGGGAGAGGGGCGUGAAUCCCUCUGGCAAUUCGACUAACCCCAGUAAUUGGGAUUUCAGCAGUGCCUUCUUUUUUGCCGGCACUGUGGUCACAACUAUAGGUUAUGGCAACCUGUCUCCCAGCACUGUGUCCGGUCAGGUGUUCUGUGUUUUUUAUGCGCUGUGCGGCAUCCCGCUCAACUUGGCCUUCCUCAAACAGCUGGGAAAGUGUCUCACCAUUCACUUGGGCCAUCUGGAGAAAGGCAUGGUAUCUGUAGUUCCACACAAGCAAACUGUCGAGGCGUUGGCAGUGAGCUCCUUCUUCAUCACUGGUAGUCUGCUGUUCCUGGUCAUUCCUCCCCUGCUGUUCAGUUACGUGGAAGGCUGGACAUUUGGUGAAGGCUUUUACUUUGCUUUCAUUACCCUCAGCACCAUUGGCUUUGGAGAUUAUGUUGUGGGGACCGAUCCAGGCAAGGAGUACAUCUCUCUGUACCGUAGCCUGGCGGGCAUAUGGAUCAUCUUUGCCUUGGCCUGGCUGGCUCUUAUCCUCAGCAUGGGAUCAAGAAUAAUGGCACAUGUGAUCAGCUUGACUCAUCCAAGCUUUAAGAAACAAGAGGAGGACAAUGUGUCAUCCAACAAACUGGAAGACGCCUCAAAGAUCUGAUAACAUGUCGGAUCGAGCUAGGUUGGCAUAUUCAUAUGUAAUGGCGUGGAUUUGAAAUACGUGUUUUAUUUGAUCCCCAGAGGGUAAUUCAUUUUACAUUCCAUACUUUUUAUGUAGCAUCCAUUGCUGCUGUCACCACCGAAAAUCAUUCUCCACUUUAGACAUGAAUAUUGUACAUUUUUCUCUUUGCAUCCACUUUUGCUUAGGCAAAGUCUACCUCAAUAAGCCAUACGGAGUCAUCACACACUACAAACAUUUGAGUCGAAUUGAAAUGUAAAUUGUGUCAUUAUUCUGAUAGACUGAAAGUGUUUACGUUCCAUUCUUCCUCUAUGUACCGUUUAUUGUAGGAACUCAAAAGACUUGAAAAAAUAAAUUCUUACAAGUUUGAUCCAUCCAACCACCCAUCCAAUCAAGCGGAAAAGAUGACAUUUUUCCCUCAAUUGACUUCUACAGGUUAUACAUCGUCGCAUUAAUGGUGUGGAUCAAAUUCCGAAUGAUUGAUCUCAAUCUUCUUUUUUUAUGGCUCAAAAGCCUGCCAUUUGAACAGCGUCGACUUUGUAUAUCCACUGUGUAUAUGCAUUAACAUGAGUCAACAUCUGUGUUUGUGUGCUGACGGAAAACUCCCUCCGCUGAAUAGAGCGUGUUUGGGCUAUCUAAAGCAAACACAUUAAUCAGGAUGUGAGGUAGCCUGAGAGCACAUUACAUGCAGAAGUGGCCCCGGGA